GUACCAAUGGUGAGAGCCAGGGCCCCUCGUCCUCUCCUCUCCCGUCCGCUCUCUGCCAUACGAAGCCACUGGGCAGCGUCUAAAGUCCCAAGGAGAGGAGAUCUGGGCGGCGAGUGAGGGAAAGGGGUGUUGGAAGGGCUGUGUUCCUGCGACUUCGCCAAACUCCCAAAGGCCGGGCAGUCCCUGGUUUAAAUCCCAGCUUGGCCCUAAGUGCGCAUCAAGCGAGCCUCUCCGGGGCAACGCGCAGGGGCGCGCGGCCGGGGACCCGGGGCGCGGAGGGAGCACAAGGGCCCGCUAGCGCGGCAGGCGAAGGUGAGGCGGGAGGGCGACCUGCCGCCGCCGCCGCCGCCCGGCUCGCAGCUGCCAGCGUCAGCGCGGGAGGGCGGGGCGCGCUCCGGGAGGCGGCUGGAGCUGCGCCGCUGGCGGCUCGGCGCCCGCUCGCCGCACGGGCCUCCGUCGCCCGCUAACUCGCAUCCCGGUUUCCCUGCCCGCCGCGUCCCCGCGCGAAGAUGGCAACCGACGGGCUGCAUGAGAACGAGACGCUGGCGUCGCUCAAGAGCGAGGCCGAGAGCCUCAAGGGCAAACUGGAGGAGGAGCGGGCCAAGCUGCACGACGUGGAGCUGCACCAGGUGGCAGAGCGUGUGGAGGCCCUGGGGCAGUUUGUCAUGAAGACCAGGAGGACCCUCAAAGGCCACGGGAACAAGGUUCUGUGCAUGGACUGGUGCAAGGAUAAGAGGAGGAUCGUGAGCUCCUCGCAGGAUGGGAAGGUGAUCGUGUGGGAUUCCUUCACCACCAACAAGGAACACGCGGUCACCAUGCCCUGCACGUGGGUGAUGGCAUGUGCGUACGCUCCAUCAGGAUGUGCCAUUGCAUGUGGUGGUUUGGAUAACAAGUGUUCUGUGUACCCACUGACGUUUGACAAAAAUGAAAACAUGGCCGCCAAAAAGAAGUCCGUUGCUAUGCACACCAACUACCUGUCAGCCUGCAGCUUCACCAACUCUGACAUGCAGAUCCUGACGGCCAGCGGCGAUGGCACAUGCGCCCUGUGGGACGUGGAGAGCGGGCAGCUGCUGCAGAGCUUCCAUGGCCACGGGGCCGACGUGCUUUGCUUGGACCUGGCCCCCUCAGAGACCGGGAACACCUUUGUGUCUGGGGGAUGUGACAAGAAAGCCAUGGUGUGGGACAUGCGCUCCGGCCAGUGCAUACAGGCCUUUGAAACACACGAAUCUGACAUCAACAGUGUCCGAUACUAUCCGAGUGGAGAUGCCUUUGCUUCGGGAUCAGAUGAUGCUACGUGUCGCCUCUACGACCUCCGGGCAGACAGGGAGGUUGCCAUCUAUUCCAAGGAGAGUAUCAUCUUUGGAGCUUCCAGUGUGGACUUCUCCCUCAGCGGUCGCCUGCUGUUUGCUGGAUACAAUGAUUAUACCAUCAAUGUCUGGGAUGUCCUCAAGGGAUCCCGAGUCUCCAUCCUGUUCGGACAUGAAAACCGUGUUAGUACUCUACGAGUUUCCCCUGAUGGGACUGCUUUUUGCUCAGGAUCAUGGGAUCAUACACUCAGGGUCUGGGCUUAAUCACAGUGAACUCAUAGGUACCUGAGGAUAGAAUUUGAAAUCAUCAUGUGUAAAUCUUGCUUUUAGAGGGUCUGAGAGUUGAAUGCAACUUAGCUUAAGGGAGCAGCUCCAUGUCUGAAAGUUCACCACGUGUCUCCAAUAUUACCAUUAAAACCACCAUCCUAGAAAGAUCCCAGUGUGAGUCUUCAGCACUCCGAGAACACCUUCAAGUACAGUGUUUUUCAUUUUGAACACUUUUUAAAAUGUAUGUUUUUAAGGUUAUUCUGAAGUAUACUAUUCUCAACUCAUUCUCUUACCAGUAGAAUUCAGCAUUUACUAUAUUCCAUAUUGUUUCCUUGAAUCAGAUUUAUUUUUCAGAGCACUUUAAAAGCUGAUUUUUUUCUCAGUGUGCACUGUGAUUUUUGGAACCUUCCACUGGAAGGGUUGAUUUUAAUGGACUGUGUGAGAGGGACUGUGUUACUUGGUCUUUGAGAGAAGAAAAUUCCAAUUCCAAAUGUAAUUAGACAUCACCUUUUUAAAUGUGUUUUUAUUGUGAAAGUAUCUUUUUCAGCCUUGCAUCCAGUUGUCUUUCUUUCAGAUAAAACAUUUUUUUCCAUGUAUGUGAACAGUUAUAAAUUAAGCAGAGAUAUGUAUAAAAUGGUAAAAUGGACAGAAGGUUUGAUUUGUGAAUCUUAUGAUGGUGUGAGUGAUCAUUGUAUCACGUGGACAGGACAAUUUCUUUCAUUUGAAGGAAGAGCUGAGUGCUGCUUGUGACACAGAAGACAGUAAACUUAUUUUAAAACCUAUUUGUAGUGUUAGAUGUAUCAGGAUCAGUAAGUAGCAUCCCACCAGGCUAAAGUGAAUCUUGUCUGUACCAAUUACACUCAUAUUUAUUGCAUUGCAAGUGUAAUUACAUACAAAUUAAUUGAUAGGUCUCAGAUGAUAAUGUCUUGGCUUCACUUAUAUUGAGAAAAAGUAAUGUAAAAAAAUAUCUUGGAGUUCCCGUUGUAGCACAGUGGAAACAAUCCAACUAGGAACCAUGAGGUUGCGGGUUCAAUCCCUGGCCUCACUCAGUGGGUUAAGGAUCCAGUGUUGCCAUGAGCUGUGGUGUAGGUGACGGAUGCAGCUCUGAUCUGCUGUGGUGUAGGCAGGCAGCUGUAGCUCCAGUUGUACCCCUAGCCCAGGAACCUCCAUAUGCCACGGGUGUGGCCCUAAAAAGUGAAAAAAAAAAAAAUCUGGUCAUUUGAAAUUCACCUGUUCCUUCUGGAAGAUAACUAGUGCUUUAGUUACAGGAUCCUUUAUUUUCUGUUUGGUUUCAAGGUGUAGAGGCUUAUUCUUUGCUUUAGAAAACUCCUUGUUCAUAAAGAUGGCAUGCAUCACUUAGGGAAAUAAAAGGUCAUCACCUCAGGCCAAAAACCAUUCCUGGGUGAGGAAAAAAAAACAUUCCUGUAGGUGAUCUGGGGUCUGAUGGGCCAGGUCCCAGUGCUGCCCGAGGGCUGUGUGUGCUGAGUCCCCUGGGUCCUCAGUCCCCUCUCUUGUUCCUUCUCCAGCCUGGACCUUCUCCUAGUGGUAGUUCUGGCUUUGCAGGCCCAGCCCCAGGCUCUGUUGCUUGAAGAGGUCCUUCCAGAGCUGGAGCUCUUGUAAACCUCAGAGGGUGUGCCAGGCAAAACUACUUGUUGAGGUAUCGUAAUGGGCCAGUCAGUCAAAAAUCACCCAGGCCAGCUUUGCCAUCAACUCUUUUAAAAUAAACAUAGUGGUUAUACAACACUACAAGACUCUACAACAGGGCCUGGGGUAGAGACAGAAAAAUAUGAAAGGCUCCUGCUCGCUCACACAUACACCCCUGCCACCCACCCACACACACCUUGAGAGCCCAGAGGGUAAGGGGACAGGGAACAUAGUCCAGAACAACUUGUCAGCCACCUUCUCUCCCUAGUGGGUUCUAGCCUGGGCAGGGGCUCAAGGAAGUGGGCACAGGGUCUACUGCCAGCUGCUGAAGGGACAGGCCCAUGAAAUUCCCAAGCUCUGCUCCCAGAAUGUUCCAGAGUUUGUUCCUGAGCUCCUAGUUAUGGCAUCCCCUUCCCCCGCCUUCACAUACCUUUUUGUGUAUCUGCACUCUGACCUGGGCCUCCCAGAAGAGGAGAAAGACAGGGCCAAGGAAAAGUCAUACAGACUCAGGUGAAGCAAAUUCAAGUUUCUAUGUUUGGACAGGUGGGGGCAUCUGCAGUGUACACGCAAAAUCACCCCUCACUUUCCAAUCCAAACAGUGACUUUAAGGGCCCCGUGAAAGUGCCCUCUCCUGUACUCACCCUCCUUGGGCAGUAAGCCACCUCCCCUGUAAGUAUUUAAUCUCGCAGUGGGUGCUGUUUAGUAUUUAUUGAUGAACUACUUGGUUGGGAAUGUACUGUACCAUGUGGAAACUCAAGGGUAAACUCCCAGGUAAUAAAUUGUAUUUUGCA